UGCCCAUCUUCAUUCUUCGGUCUUGACUUUUUUCUAUUUUCCCCCAAAUUCACUUUUUUAGGCUAUGUCUUCAAUCUCCCCUCAAAACUCCAUUUCUUUCCUUCGAUGAUGUUUUGACACACAUAUAGUUUAUAAAGGGUCUAAUCGGUUAACAUAUAUAUAUGUGAGCUGCAAUGGAGCAAUCUGUUGUUGAUGAUAUAAUCCAUAGGCUGCUUGAAGUUAGAGGCAAACCUGUUAAGCAGUUUCAGCUCACUGAAUCAGAAAUCAAGCAACUUUGUGGCCUUUCUAGACAGAUUUUCUUACAACAGCCUAAUCUCUUAGAGCUUCAAGCACCCAUCAAGAUUUGCGGUGACAUCCAUGGUCAAUUCUCCGAUCUUCUUCGUCUUUUUGAGCAGGAUGGACUACCGCCUGAAGCCGACUACCUAUUUCUUGGUGAUUAUGUUGACCGAGGCAAACAAAGCCUUGAAACAAUAUGCCUUCUUCUUGCCUACAAGAUUAAGUACCCAAAUAACAUCUUCCUUUUGCGUGGAAACCAUGAGUGUGCUUCUAUAAACCGUGUAUACGGUUUCUAUGAUGAAUGUAAAAGAAGAUUUAACGUUAAGUUAUGGAAGAUCUUUUCCGAUUGCUUCAACUGUUUACCUGUCGCAGCUCUCAUUAGUGAAAAGAUUCUGUGUAUGCACGGUGGUCUUUCUCCCGAUCUCAAUCACUUGGAUCAAAUUAGAGAUUUAAGCCGUCCUGCUGAUGUCCCCGAUGGUGGUUUGCUUUGUGAUCUUCUAUGGUCAGAUCCGCACAAAGAUGUCAAAGGAUGGGCCAUGAAUGAUCGUGGGGUUUCCUACACGUUUGGUGCUGAUGUUGUCACAGAGUUUCUACUCAAACAUGAUCUUGAUCUUGUUUGCCGCGCUCACCAGGUUGUGGAGGAUGGAUAUGAGUUCUUUGCAUAUCGACAACUUGUGACCGUGUUUUCUGCGCCCAAUUAUUGCGGGGAAUUUGACAAUGCGGGUGCUUUUAUCAGUGUUGACGACACUCUCGUCUGCUCCUUCCGAAUACUCAAACCCAUUGUUAAAAAAUCAAAGUCGAAAUCCAUGAUCAAUCUUUUUGGGAGCUCCACGGCAGCCAAACCGUGAAAAAUGCCACUUGAAGUCGAGGUAAACAUAACUUGUUCUUAUUAUUGGUCAACAAGAUAGUUUCUGUGAAUCACGAAUGCAUUACAAAUGGCAUUUGUGUCUAUUUUUCGCUCUUAGAAGUGUCGAUGUUUAUUGUUGUAUUGUGAAUAUACCGACACCACAAAA